UGUUUGUGGGGAACUUGAGAAUGCUUCAUAAGCCUAAUUCAGCCUUCAAAAGAGGCUCGGAAACAUGAUAACUCUUUCACCGGGGAGCAUAAACCGACUUGUGCUUCCACAACUUCCUCGUUGUGGCGAAUCUGCCGUUGCAACACGGUAGCUGCCUCUCAGAGCCCACGACGGGAAGCUUGUGGAAUCUGCUGCGGGCAGAACGGCGCCAGGGCUUCUUGGGCAGUCAUGGCGGCGGCUUCCCCCAGUACCAGUGGCUCCGCGCCCGAGGCGGCGAGUUCCACAGAAGCCCACCUGCAGUACAGCCUUCUUCUGCAAUACCUGGUGGGCGAUAAGCGCCAGCCCCGGCUCCUGGAGCCUGGGAGCUUGGGCGGGAUACCGAGUCCGGCCAAGAGUGAGGAACAGAAGAUGAUUGAGAGGGCGAUGGAGAGCUGCGCCUUCAAGGCGGCGCUUGCCUGCGUGGGAGGAUUUGUUUUGGGAGGUGCAUUUGGGGUGUUCACUGCCGGUAUUGAUACCAACGUAGGCUUUGACCCUAAGGAUCCUUACCGUACGCCGACUGCAAAAGAAGUCCUUAAAGACAUGGGGCAGAGAGGAAUGUCCUAUGCCAAAAAUUUUGCCAUUGUGGGUGCCAUGUUUUCCUGUACUGAGUGCUUGGUAGAAUCUUACCGGGGAAAGUCAGAUUGGAAGAACAGCGUCAUUAGUGGCUGCAUCACUGGAGGAGCCAUUGGUUUCAGAGCUGGCUUAAAGGCUGGGGCCAUUGGUUGUGGAGGUUUUGCUGCUUUCUCUGCUGCAAUCGAUUAUUACCUCCGGUGAAAGAGAUUGCCUGUGGAGGAGGGGAUGCCAGCCCAGGAUCAGAGCUCUUCUUCAAGGAUAGUUUCUUUACCACUUGGCACUUGCUUGAGGGGCAGAAGACAUUUGUUUUCCCUCACGGAGCUGGUGUUUGAGGGAAUUGCCUGGCUGCUGCUUUCUGCUUCCAGCCUUUAGAGCAGCCAUGUUCUACUGCUGUGGGCUUCCUCCAAGCCUUCAGGGAUGUUCUGUGCCAGACUGUCUCCGUAGAGCAGAUCAGGAGACUAGCUACUGACUGUUAGGAAUUAAGUUCCACAGACGCUGAGUCCUGACUGCCUCCAGCCUUCUGGGUUGUUUGCUGCCGUGGGCAGGAAGGUGGCAGCGUGUUUACACCAGCCCGGGAAGCUCCUUUGCCUUGGAACUUCAUGCGAACGUCUACUGUGCCUACCAGGGCAGGGCAGAGUAAACUUAUGCCAUCCAAUCGAUUAUGUCUUUUUUUUUUAGUAGUCAUCCUUAUUAAAAUAUAUUUAUAUUACAGUUUAAAAA